GUUAUUGCUUCUGUUUUUGUCCAUCUCGCUUCUUCUUACUUAUGAGUAUGAUAAUUGCACACUGAGACUGUCUAGGGCUAAUAAAGGAUCUGUCAAAGAAGAAGAUAUUGAGGACAUUCGAGGGUACCAUGUAUCUGUAACAGAUCUAGUUGAACAUGUGUGUACCCUCAUGUCCAGACACGUCGCUGCUGGCUACGUCAGCUCCUUCCUCAUUGUGUGUUUCUGUCUGUACAGCAGCAUCAACAACGAGAAAUCUAUUGCAAACAUUGGUAUUGCUGCAGCUACUCUGUAUAUAUCUACAUUGCAUCUCAUCGCCCUCACAUAUAUUGGAGUCAGACUGCACGAAGCGGCACACCGACCUCUGAAUCUUCUCCUGGACAUGACUGGGAAAUAUAUGCCUGAUAGAGUUAUUGGCCUCCUGCAGGUCACACUGUUCGCCAACAAGUUGUCCCAACGUCAGAUCGGAAUCAGUGCUUUGGGACUAAUGACCAUCACGAAGGACACUAUCCUAACGAUCAUCGGUACCCUCCUGACCUACGUUUUCAUCGUGAUCCAGUUUAAACCGGACUCGACCGGUGGAAUUCAACACAAUGUAAACGCUACGACAGCAUAACUUGACCAACUCGUAUUUGACUUCAACUUGACGUUUUUUCCAUUAACGGUCAUUAUAUUUAAGUUUGUAAUGUGUUGACUUUGUUGCUAUGAAUAUAUCGAACAUCAUCAAUGGUGUGCGCGCACAGUACGUCUGUAAAGCUGUUGGUUUGAAGAAAACACAAGAAGUACAAGAACGUUUCCUGUUACGUUUUAACAAUAGAUGUGACACAACACAGAAAUCAUCGGUUUGGACUUAAAAUGAUACGAAACAUGGAGCUAGAGAGAGUAUCUGGCAACGUGGCGUGUAUGUGAUGACACAAAAAUAUGUAUUUGUAACCUUGUAACAUUGUAAAUCAGUAUCUAGUGUACCCUCCAACUGCCUUACGUCGCAUACCCCGGUAGUCGUCGCAUCCGUUCUAGAGGAACCUGUCAUCCUGUUUGUGCGAAGCUGCUCCUAACUCAGUCAGACGUAGAACAGGUGGUACAUAUUUACUGAUCACCCGUCAACUUCCCACUUGUAUCAGUCGUCAAAUAAAGGUCAGGUCUGGACUCAA